UUGAAAAUUAAAGAAAAAUUAUAGUCUCAAUAUCAGCCAAGUAGAGAUCGAUUUCCCUCAUAUUUUAAGGAAAUUCGGGAUUAGUGUCAACUCAUAUCAAUUCUAGUUCUAUAAUCUUCACUCUUGUGCUUCUCAUCUUAUUAUUUCACCCAUAAUCUUGGAUGAAUUUAACUGUAAACAUCUUUCAUGAAUCCAAAAUUGCAAGUUUGUAUUCCUGAACCUGAAGGGUUCAGGAAUCAGGACCUUUUAAAUUUGGACCAGCUUAAGGACUUUUACCUUUUUAGAACCCAUACUGAGGUUAUAAAGGAAUCUGAAAUUUUAGCAAAGGAAUUUCGAAAUUUUUGUAAACAUAGAAAGCUUUCUCAGAGUGAUAAAAAGAGGCAUGAACGAAUAAAGUUUAUGAAGAAGAAAUAUUAUUUUAUGUCUCAUAGUGGGAUUUCUGCAAGGCACUAUUAUUAAUCAAAAUAUCAAAUGGGAUGCUAACUUGCCCUAUGAGCUAUCAAAAUUGACAGAAUUGUAAGCAUCCGUGAGACAAUUAUUAGCUUGUAUGUGGCAUGACAAAGCUCUUGAAGAAUCUUCUAUAGUUUUUAGAUGAAAAUUUUGACUAUCUAAUUAUUAUUUUAGUCCUAUUGUGGAUAAAUGUCGAAAGUAAGAAGUUCACAAUUUCCAUGCUUGCUAGAGGCUAUGAACUCCUUACUGACUUAAUUCUAACGAAACAUAGUUUUAACUCUGAUCGUUUAUCCUGCAAAGCUGUUUAACUUAAAAUAUAGCUAAGAGUCUUUGGAGAGACUUAAAAUUGAGAUUCAUUGAAAUUAAUCAAGAAUUGGCAAACCUCAGUAGAAUAAUACUAACAUUUAUGUCUCAUUCCCUCACGUUUGAGGGUUGAAAUCGAAGAUUGCGAAAGAAGUGAUGAGAUAUCUAAUAAAGUGAAUGAUAAAGACAUCAAAAUUAAGUCUUAACUAAGCCUCCUUACAACAUCUGGUGAGGCUUUCUUAUAAUAACACUUAAUAUUUUAAUUGCUUUAUUCC